AUGUCUACACCCUCCUCUCCUGUCAAUACCACAUCUGUCCAUCCCAAUGCCAACCCUAUAUCUCCACCAAAUCAAGCGGCAAAAAACAACUCUACAGCUAAACCAUCCUUUACUCCAUCAUCCUCAUUCCUUGAAUCACUAUUAGGCCAAACACUCUCAUUAACACUCACAGAUAGAAGAGUGAUAGUAGGCCAUUUACUGUGUGUGGAUAAAGGUGAAAACAUAAUACUGAAAAACGCAGAAGAGUUUAAAUCCAUCUUACCUGCAAACUUCGAUACUCUCUCUCAAGAAGAAAAAAGUGAAUGGGAAAAAGUUAAAAAGAAUAGAGAAGAUUAUUGGCCUAGAAGUGAACCGUUCAAUGGAUGGAAUUCAGGUUGGGGUGGAAGAAGUAUUGGUAUGAUCGGUGUUAAAGGUUCUGAUGUUACCAAGAUCGAAGUUGAAAAGGAAGUCUUGGAAUGUUUGGGUAGUAGAGUGGAGAAGGAGAAUAGGGGACUAAAGAAUGGUGGUUUUAUAUAG